AGCACAUCUGACUCCAGUCCCCUGCGCUGACAGCUCGAAGGCAGACCCAGAGCAUUUGUUGCUGGUCAGCCUUUCAGCUCCUCUGUCCGUUAGCACUCCUCAGCUGUCCCUUCUUCUCUUCCGUUUUUUGUAUCUUCCCUUUGGCCUGCCCGGCUUUCCAGCUUGAGGAAGAAACAUGGUUGCCACCUGCUUACACCUAACUGGAUUUGUGGCUAGCUUCGUCGGCUGGAUUGGCUUGAUAGUGGCGACGUCCACCAACGACUGGGUCGUGACUUGCGGCUACACCAUCACCACCUGCCGGAAGAUGGACGAGCUGGGAUCCAAGGGGCUGUGGGCAGACUGCGUCAUGGCUACUGGGCUCUAUCACUGCAAACCACUGGUGGACAUCCUCAUAUUGCCAGGGUAUGUCCAGGCAUGUCGGGCACUGAUGAUCGCUGCUUCCGUUUUGGGGCUUCCAGCUGUUUUCCUUCUGGUGACGGUUCUGCCUUGCAUCCGGAUGGGCCACGAACCUGGAGUGGCCAAGUACCGGCGUUCCCAGCUGGGAGGAAUCUUGCUGAUCCUUUUGGCUCUGUGCGGUGUGGUGGCUACAAUUUGGUUCCCAGUGAGUGCUCACCGUGAAACUAUGAUCAUGAGCUUUGGAUAUUCCCUGUACACGGGCUGGAUCGGAUCUUUUCUUUGCCUCUUUGGUGGGUCCAUCAUCGUUUGCUGCUCAGGCGACGCUCAAUCAUUUGGCGAGAACCGUUUCUACUACGGAUCAGGAUCCAGCUCCCCCACCCAUGCGAAAAGCGCUCAUGUAUAAAUGUUCCUGAUCAUCGAAGGUUUUGAAACAGGUGGAUGGGUUUCCUUCGUGUUUUUGAGCCUUGCAUUUGCUUGCAUCUUCACACACAAGUUGACCACAUCCCUUGAAGAAGAUUUAAAGAAACAGCCUGAUAUUGUGAAAGCAUAAACAUCACAUGUUUGCCUUAAUCGAAACCUGUAGCAAAAAUAGAUCAGGCCAACCCAUUUAUAAUGUCCCAGUGUCCGGGCUCUUGUGCUUAUGAUACUGUUGAAAAUUAAGCCUUCUUUUCCCUUCCUUUUCACGUUUCACUUGUUUUAUUCUUUCCCCUUCCCUUAGCUAGGAAUGAGUUUAAUAAAUAAAUACCUGACUUGUCUGAAUACGAUAAGUCCUCUCUGGAAUAAGUUACCAUUUUCUCCCCCUCACCCAUUCAAGGUCAUCUUUUUUGGCGCAGUUGUGAUGAAAGGGAGAGGAAGACGCUGUACUUUUCUAUUGGCACAAAUGUUUUCUUUUUCAUAAGAUUAGGAGGUCUCUCUUUGUUUUCUCUGUUUAAAACCAAACCAAACCACAAAGCCGUAAGGAAUUUGAUCACUUCUGUAACAGUGUUUUUGUCUAAAUGCAUCAGUAUGAAGGAGACAAAGCCAACAUUUUCUAAUUAUGAGAUAAAUAACAGAAUACUUGUACAUAGUCUUAAAUAUAUGUGGUGGGGCUAAUCCUCACAACCUCCCUUCUCCCCUUUUGUACAGGUUUGUUGCUAAAUAAAUGUACUUUACUUUGUUUUUGUUUUUUACUUGAUUCAAAUUAAUUUGUAUUCUGACAUGCACUAUUGAAGUGGAACUUAUCUAAAAAAUAUAUUAUAAUCAGAUGCCAAUUGAGUAAAAUCCAAUGAAUACUGAUGAUGCUUUUUAAGUGAAAUACUGUACAAUAUACAGAAAUAAAUGUUGA